CCAGAUCAUCCAGAAACCAUCUACAUUAUCGACACCCCGAAGCGACACUAGAAAGACAUUCAUCACGGCUUGCUCCCAGAUAACCUAGCUCACCAUGGACGAGUACUACAUGUAUGAGCAGCCGCCCCAGCAGCCUGAGCAGACCCAGCCCGUCAUGUUCAGGCCGGCGAGUGCAGAGGAUUGGGAACCCUACAAGGACGUCAUCGCGCACCUGUAUAACAACAUGAAGCUGAAGGAUGUCAUGACGGAAAUGCAGGUUUCCUACAACUUCAAGGCAACCGAGAAGCAGUACAAGACACAAAUCAAGAAGUGGAACCUCGACACCAAGUACAUCAAGGGGUCAGAGUACAUGUUCAUGAUCAAGACACUGCGCGAACGGCAAGCAGCACACCCCGGGAAAGAGACGCGGUUCAUCCUCCGAGGGCGGGUGGUAGACCCCAAAGACAUCUCGCGCUUCGAGAAGCGGGCGCAAAAGAAAGGACUGAUCAAGGAUGGUGACCCUAUAGAGGUCCAAGAGCCAGUUGAAGAUCUGGUGUUUGGUACACCAUCUCCAGAACCGUCGACUUCAUAUUCGAAUUCGGCGUCUUACACCACCUGUAUGAGUCUCCUGCCCCUAAUGGGUGCUGCUUAGCUACCCCCUGAAUUCUGACAAGUUCGUUGCGAACAGACGACAACAACAUCGAUUAUACGUACACAUACUGAGCUCCACGCGAGUACUGGGAAACCUGCGGCCGCCGAUUAGCAGUUGAGCAUCCUCAGUUGCGAAAGAGCGAAUAAAGCAUCAACGGCAAACAACGAUCCCGAGUGUCCGACCGCCAGGGCCCGAGCCCCCUAACCCAUUGUAACAACAACUGACGAUCAGCCAUGAUAGAAUUGAUGACGGUUAUGGAUACCUGUAUUUUUGUCUUUCCAUUAUUCUCCUCUCCGUUGCUAUUUUUGAAUCUCUUUUGGAUUCUAUUCUUCUCUCCUUGAUAUUAUUUUCGCUUUAGACUCGCAGACAUUGCUACACUACAUGGAGUCAUCUUUGAUGAGGUCAAACGACCUCUACAGUAUAGGAGCACAGUACGACACAUGGUCACGCACAGUAGUAGACUUCUGAGAUACCUCCAUAGC